AUGUCAUUUGAUAGACCCGAAGUGUAUAGUGCCCCCGUUUUACAAGGAGACUCGCCCAACGAUGAUGAUAAUACCGAAAUCAUUAAAUCAUUUAAAGAUUUUAUAUUAGAGUUCCGUCUAGAUUCACAUUUUCUCUAUAGAGAUCAACUGAGAAAUAAUUUACUGGUUAAAAGAUAUUCGUUAACAGUUGCUACUGAACAUUUGAUUGGUUAUAAUGAAGAUCUCUAUAAAAAACUAUCAGAUGAACCAUCGGAUGUUGUGCCGUUAUUUGAAAGUGCAAUUACACAGGUUGCAAAGAGAAUUGCAAUUCUAAGUAAAAGUGGUUCAGAAAAUAGUAAUAGCAGUAAUGAUGAAUUACCAGAUGAAUUAGAAACGACACGUCUAUUCCCAACUUUCCAAUUAAUACUUAACAGUGGAGCUACCCAAACUUCUCUAAGACAGUUAGAUUCUGAACAUGUUUCAAAGAUUGUAAGGUUAUCAGGUAUUAUAAUAUCAGCAUCAGUUUUAACGUCAAGGGCCACGUAUUUAUCACUAAUGUGUCGUAAUUGCCGUCAUACUACUUCGAUGCGCAUUAAUAAUUUUAAUUCAAUUAGUGGCAAUAAUGUUACUUUACCUCAUUCAUGUCUUUCUAAUUCUCAAACUGAAAAUAGCGGUAAUAGUAGUGCAUUGGUUGGAUCUACAGAUGAUGAAGGCAGAAAGAAUUGUGGACCUGAUCCAUAUCUAAUCGUUCAUGAAUCAUCACAAUUUAUUGAUCAACAAUUCCUCAAAUUACAGGAAGUUCCAGAAUCUGUACCUGUUGGUGAAAUGCCUCGUAAUAUUUUAAUGACUUGUGAUCGAUAUUUGACUAAUCGUGUAAUACCAGGUACAAGAGUCACAAUUGUGGGUAUUUACUCCAUCUACCAAUCUAAAAACAGAACCGCUGGCGGUGGUGGUGGUGGUGGUGUCGCCAUUAGAAAUCCUUACGUUAAAGUACUCGGUAUUCAAACUGAUGUGGAAACUUCGAGUAUUUGGAAUACAAUGACGAUGUUUUCUGAAGAAGAAGAAGAAGAAUUUUUACAAUUGAGUAGAAGACCUGAUCUUUAUGAAUUAUUUGCCAAUUCUAUUGCACCUUCCAUUUAUGGAUCAAACGAUAUUAAAAAGGCUAUUGUAUGUCUAUUAUUAGGUGGUUCUAAAAAAUUAUUACCUGAUGGUAUGAGACUUAGAGGUGAUGUUAACAUUCUUCUAUUAGGUGAUCCUGGUACUGCAAAAUCUCAAUUGUUAAAAUUUGUAGAAAAAGUUUCGCCAAUUUCAGUUUAUACUUCGGGUAAAGGUUCUUCAGCCGCUGGUUUAACAGCAAGUGUUCAAAGAGAUCCUAUAACAAGAGAUUUUUACCUUGAAGGUGGUGCGAUGGUUCUUGCAGAUGGUGGUGUUGUAUGUAUUGAUGAAUUUGAUAAAAUGAGAGAUGAAGAUCGUGUUGCAAUUCAUGAAGCUAUGGAACAACAAACUAUCUCUAUUGCUAAAGCUGGUAUUACUACGGUGUUAAAUUCAAGAACAAGUGUUUUAGCAGCUGCAAAUCCAAUAUAUGGUAGAUAUGAUGACUUAAAAUCGCCUGGUGAAAAUAUCGAUUUUCAAACUACAAUUUUAUCACGUUUUGAUAUGAUUUUUAUUGUUAAGGAUGAUCAUAAUGAAAUGCGUGAUAUUUCAAUUGCUAAUCAUGUUAUGAAUAUUCAUACCGGUAGAUCUACUCAAAAUGAUGACGAAUUAGAAAAUGCAGGUUUAGAAUUCAGUAUUGAUAAAAUGAAAAGGUAUAUCACUUAUUGUCGAUCAAAAUGUGCACCACGUCUUUCAGCUUCUGCCGCCGAGAAAUUAUCAUCACAAUUCGUUAAUAUCAGAAAGCAGCUUCUUAUCAAUGAGUUAGAAUCCACUGAAAGGUCUUCUAUUCCCAUUACGGUUCGUCAAUUAGAAGCUAUUAUCAGAAUCACAGAAUCAUUAGCAAAAUUAGAAUUAAGUCCAGUGGCACAUGAAAAGCAUGUAGAUGAAGCUAUACGAUUGUUUCAAGCAUCUACUAUGGAUGCCGCUUCACAAGAUCCUAUUGGUGGAUUGAAUACUCCAAAUGGUAUUGCUGAAGUACGUCGUAUUGAACAAGAAUUAAAGAGACGUCUACCAAUUGGUUGGUCAACAUCGUAUCAAACUCUGAGAAGAGAAUUUGUUGAUACAAAUAGAUUCUCUCAAAUGGCCCUAGAUAAGGCUUUGUAUUCUUUAGAAAGGAUAGAAACCAUCCAGUUAAGAUACCACGGUCAAAAUAUUUUCAGGAGUGGUGUGUAG